AUGGCUUCUUCUGCAUCCCCCGAGAUACCCUCAUCCAUCUUGAUCGUCGGCAGCGGCGCAUUUGGACUUUCCACUGCCUAUUCAUUAUGUCAAAACCCGCGGUACAAGGACACUUCGAUUACUAUCAUAGACCGUCAGCCUUUCCCUACGCCUGAUGGCUCGAGUAUUGACACUUCACGAAUCAUCCGUCCUGAUUAUGCUGCCGCACGCUACACCCGUCUCGCAACCAUUGCGCAAAACCGCUGGCGAACCGACUUUGCGACCGAACACUACCAUGAGGUCGGUCUAUGUGUGACAGCUUGGGGUCCAGAGCAGAAGUACGUUUCCGGAUCACUCGCAAAUGUCCGCGCGAUCGGAACAGACAAAGUAGAAGUGCUCAACUCGCCGGAGGACAUACAAAAAGCAUGUGGUCUGGAAGGCAAAGACCCAUGGGGCAACGGCAGCACCGGAUACGUGAAUUGGAGUUCAGGCUGGGCAGAUGCAGAGGGCGCGAUGAUGUGGCUGAGGGAGAAGGUCGAGAAGCUGAACAGGGUGAAGUUUGUCACGAAGGCCGUGAAGAAGCUGUUGAUUGAUCACAAAACCAACACCGUCUCCGGCGUGCGAUUCAACGACUCGAGCGAACUCAAGGCAGACCUGACGAUGCUAGCGGCAGGCGCAUGGACGGCGUCGCUCAUCGAUCUCCGAGGCAUCUGCAAAGCGACUGGGCAAGCUCUGUGCUACAUGCCCAUCUCCAAGGAGGAGGAAGCGAAAAUGUCUACGCGGCCGACUAUCCUGAACCUCUCCCAUGGCUUGUUCAUGAUUCCGCCUUCCAAGCGCCUCCUCAAAGUCGCCCGUCACGGCCACGGCUACCUCAACCCGACCACGAUCCCACAUCCGGAGUCCGAGGACCCCAACGAGACAAUCACCAUCUCCCUACCAUACACACAUGUCGACGACCCAUCACAGGCAGUCCCAGUCGAGGGCCAGCGCCAAUGCCGAGACUUCCUCGCAGCCAUACACCCAUCCCUCGCCGCACCCUCGCGACCAUUCACCAAAUCGAAGAUUUGCUGGUACACGGAUACUAGGGAUGGCGACUUUUUGAUCUCGUACCAUCCUAAGUACAAGGGAUUGUUUUUGGCGACGGGUGGCUCGGGACAUGGCUUCAAGUUUUUGCCUGUUAUUGGCGACAGUAUUGUGGAGUGUAUAGAAGGCAGGACGCCGGAUGACUUCAAGGGCCGAUGGGAAUGGCCAGCUGAGCGGGUAUCGGAAGAGCAGUGGGCUGGUGAUGGAAGUCGUGGUGGACCUGUUGGUAUGAUUUUGGAAGAGGAGAUGGCGAAGAGUAGAGGGAAGUUGUAA